AUGGCCAACCACCUAGCGUAUGCCAAUGUUAUGGUCCUGCUUGCUCCAUCAGUAGCCGCUAUGCGAGACUUACUUGCGGAAUACGGAAAAUACGCCAGCCAGCACAACAUGAAGUAUAAUCCGGACAAGUCAGAGUUUAUGGUCAUGGAAGCGGCAAAUAUGCCGUUGAGCGUACCGCCACUGUUACUUGAUGGAGUUCAACUGCGGAGAGUCUACGAGGUUAAAUACCUAGGCCACAUUCUGCUGUCUAGUUUGAAAGACCACAAGGACGUCGAAAGGCAAAGACGAGCUAUUGCAGUACGAGCGAACAUGCUAGCCAGAAGAUUCGCCAAAUGCAGCGACGACGUGAAACGGCAGCUAUUCCUGAGUUUUUGUACUUGUGUCUACACAGUGGAGUUGUGGUCGGAUUACACCUGUGCAGCAGUGGGAGACAUGCGCGUACAGUAUAAUAACGCGUGGCGGGCGUUGUUCCGGCUGCCGCGCUGGUGCAGCGCGAGCGCAUUGUUCGCGAAGGGGCGCGCGCCGGGCUGGGGCGCGCUGCUGAGAGCGAGGAGCGCCGCCGCCAGAAAGGCGAUAAAUGCAUCCUCCAACACGCUGCUGUCCACAGUGAGGGAGUGGGACGGUAGCCCGCUCCAUGAGCGCUGGAGGACUUACCACAAACCGGUCACCAUAGGGUCGGGGCGAUACGCCCCUAAGGCUAGUUAA